CAGGAGUGUUUUUUUCUUGGUUGCACUGCAUACACUCAGUGAACUUUAGCAAUGAAAAAGAGCCUAAUAAACAGAGGCAAAUGCCUGAGUAUGCAAUCUGGCUGCUUCUUGUGGCUCACCUCCACCCUUAUGCACUUAAUAUCAGCAGGUACUUCCUGUUUAUUUUCUCAUGGACCAUUGCUUCCAGUCACUACAGAACUCUCUGUUCCUGCAUAAACAACCCAGAAUAAAAUUGCUAUGAAUAAGUGGGGAGCUAAAACAAGGAGGUUUUCAGAGGUCAAAAAGGGAAAUGCCUAAGUCAGACUGAAACUGGGCACAAGUUGUAUUUGCCAUCUUUCUCUCUGGGUUAUAAAAACAGCUUCUCCUUCCCUGUGGAGUUUGCCCAGCUGAGUCUUAGCCCUUGAGAAGCAAAGUAAGCUUUGCACAUCUCCAGCAGACAAGCAGAAGUUUCAUUGCAUUUUCAGACAUGAAGAGAGAUGCGGCUGAGAUCCAGGACCUGUACGAGCAGCAGGGCUACCUGUCUGCUCUUCCUAUCCUCAGUCCAGAAGAACUGCAGAAGGCCCGAGAUGCCUUUGCUGAGCUGGAGAGAAAACAUGGUGAAGAUUACACUGCUUACAGCCUUCAUAAUAUCCACACGGAGUGUGACUGGGUGAUGGCCCUGGCCAAGCACCCUAAGCUUCUGGAGGUGGUCACAGCGGUUCUGGGGCCUGACAUCAUCCUGCUGGACUCCAGAUUCAUUUGUAAAUAUCCAGUGUGUAACAAGCCUGCUAAAACACAGGAAAUCCAACUGAACAAUACCUGUUCUAAAGAAAAGGACCGCACUGAGGAGACAGAUGGAUUGCCAUUUGUGGCCUGGCACCAGGAUAUGAAGUACUGGGGCUUUGAUGGAGGUCCUGUUCUGUCAGUCUGGCUCGCUCUGGAUGACUCACUUGAGGACAAUGGAGCACUGCAGGUUAUUCCAGGAAGUCACCACUCUGGUCUCCUGCCCCAUCACCAGUCAAAGCGAUCUGGCAAUAUGCUGAGUGUCAAUCAAGAGAUCCCAGAGGAGCUGGUGGAGACGGAGAAGGCCAUCUUAUGCCCUCUUCAAGCUGGUCAGAUGUCUAUCCAUGAUGGACUUCUGGUCCAUGCCAGCGAUCCCAACACAUCUAAUAGAAGGCGCUGUGGCUAUGUCAUCCGAUAUGUCCCUACAUGCACUUAUCCAAUCCAGGACCCUGAGCGUCCAAGGACUUUUCCUGCCACAGUGCUGGUCAGCGGUUUUGACAAAUACAACCAUUUCUCCAACAAAACCUCCAAACUGUGACCGGAUUAUGCUGACCUCUUUAUUUAAGACAUGGGUCCUUAACACUCUAACAGUGUUUGUGUAAAAUGAAACAGUAGUAUAUAAUCUUUUUUUAUAUAUAUAUAUAUAUAUAUAUAUAUAUAUAUA